AUGGCGAUUUACGAGGGACUGGAGAAAGAAAUACCUGACUCAAGGGGAAGAGAGUCAUGGUGGAGGACAUCCCUCAGGCCGACACCAGUCCCUGGGACUUAUUCAGUACGGGACUUUCUUGAAGAUGCUAAGCUGAACCCAGUGAAAGCAACAUAUAAUUUUAAAAGUGAAGGCAGAAAAAGGUUCUCCCUCUUCCAGCAGAUGCCUGAUCUGACACUACCAGAUACCUUCAAAUUCAUCCCUCCGUCAUUUGUGGAGCUAGCACAGAAAAGGCCAGCAACAUAUUCUUUUAAGAACACUCCAAGGGAAAGUCCUACCAGUACGUGGUAUAAAGAUAAGAAUAUAAUCACUGACCCUGGACAGUAUGAUCUUUUCCCUCCUCCAGUUCCCACUUUUCCAUCCAAGAAUUAUAUGUUUCGAUCAGCAGUCCAAAGGUUUCCUACUUUCCCCCCAAAAGACGGUCCAGGCCCAGGUGACUAUGAAAUAAAGGAAAGGCUGCCUCUACCUAUCCAGUCAUGCUUUGUCUCAAAAGUAUCACGGCUGAUACCAGCCCAUACUAGAGUACCUGGUCCAGGAACUUACUGGCCUACAAGGCAGUCUCCAAAACAACCUAGAACAAUUGCCAGCCUGGGUCGGGAGCACACUAUCUUCUUCAGUAAUAUCCAUGAGAUUUAG